AUGUCGGAUAAUAAAGUGUAUGUGGGAUGGGAAGAGCGUGUUAUGCGAAGGGAAAGCGGCAAUCGCCUGGUUCACUUUUACUUAAAUGAUGCAGCUGGGAAUUCUCUCCUUGCUGUCGUGGGAACAGAGAGGAGUUUAAGGCAUAUGGUCUAUUCCGUUACUGAGGACUUCAUACGCGUGUUUGGGUCCACUAUAGAAGUCCAUUCCGGCAUGAAGUGGCAAACAAAGCGAGAAGUUGUUGAUUUGCUUAUAUCAAUAGCCUCAAGGGGCGAUCCAAUUAUUGCUCAUUCAAAUAGUCAAGUAGCACAACCAUGCCCAGAAGUGAAAAUAACAAUGUCAGACAAGCCUCCUGUUCGACCCGAGCAACAGUCUCGAAAAUUGUCCAAGUUCAAUCAUAAUAUAGAGCUUCUUAGCGAGGACAGCGGCAUGCGAGGCUGCUGGUUCAGGUGUAAGGUCAUAAAGUCGUCAAAGAAGCUUCUACUAGUUCAAUACUAUGAUGUCCCCGAUGCUGAUGGAUCUGGGAAACUUGAGGAAAGGGUUUCUGCAUCUAAAGUGGCAGCUGCAGAUAUAUUAGGCAUGAGAUUUACCGGCCGUCCUGCAAUCCGGCCUUGGCCUCGUGAGAAUUCUUCAGACCUUACAUUGAAGGUUGGAGCGGCAGUUGAUGCAUGGCAGAGCAAUUGCUGGUGUGAAGGUAUCGUGUUUGGAUUUAGCACGUCUGCAGACAAAAAUCCGCAUGUUUACUUUCCUGGUGAGAAGAGGUUCUCGGCUGUUGAGAGGAAAAACCUUCGAGUUUCAAGAGAUUGGAUUAACAACAAAUGGGUGGAUAUAGAUGGUAAACCCGAUAUACUAUCUUGGUUAUCUUCAAAUCACAGCCCCAGGGUGAUUCCACCUGUCCCGCGUUUUCCUGUUUCGGCUGAGGCAUCCAUGCCUAGUACCUCUUCAAAACGCCCAAGAUCAGCUGCUACGUCAGUCGCUCCUCAAUAUGUAGAGGUACUUAAUUAUAAGAAACGGCUUGUUAUCAGAUACUGUGAAGAAAUGGCUCAAAAAGGUUCUGGUAGUACCGUUCAUGGCGAUACUACUGGCGAGCCGAAUGAAGUCGCAAGGAAGUAG